AUUUUUGGCUGAUCUGGUCUUCCAUAUAGGUUAACAUAUUUUAAACAUUUAAAAUUGUCAUCAAUUAGUAUUUCUCUUUUCUCAUAGUCAUAUCCCUCGAUACAUACAUAAAUAAAAAAAUUUCCCAUUGCAUGACUUAAGUCUCUCCUCUUCCAUUGGUUUAUUUUCUUUCUCAUGGUUUCAUUUGGAGAACUAAACAAAACACACUAUAGAAUAUUACAAGCUUUACCCAAAAACUAGGGUAAGACUCAUCUUACAGGUAUGAUGCAAUCAUCAACUGCAAUACAGCUGGCAAACUGGAAAAUAUGUAUCUACACAAUUUUUCAAAAAUAUUUUACACGUUACUUUUUCACUUUUUGCACAAAUUGUACCUGUGUGCUAUAAACUUAUAUUGUACUAUUUCAAUUGUUCUAGUCAAUACCACAAGGUAUGAGAAGAUCUGCUGGAAAUAUAUAUUUUUAACACACUCAACACUAGAAAUAACAGUAACAGUUGUCUGUAUAAAUAUCUCUUGAGUCAAGAUUUUGACAUUAAGAGGACAUCAUGUAGUACUGGGGUGUUGCAAUUGAGAGCAGCAGCUCAAGUUCAAAGAGAGAUUCAAUAAAUAGGAACAAAACAUUUUAGCCGUCAAAAGCUUGAAAAAUGUUUAAAAAAAAGACACACGCACAAACACUGACCAGGGUGAAUGACUUCAUUUUCAGGAUCUUAGAAAGUAUGGUGUAAGUUUUUCCUUAGAAACAUCACAUAGACUGUUGCUUGCAGUUUGUGGUGAGAAGUAGCAAAGACUUGGAAAUAUUAACAUUUGAAGCAAGUUUCUGCCGUCUACAAGCAUUAUUUUUCACAAGGGUUGUUUUGACUUUUAUGUUUAAGAGUUAUUUUCACUUUUAUUAAUGGAAGUCUGGAUUGGAAAUGGUUUAUAAGAGUUAGACUUUCUUAUUUAAAAGCAUCACCUGACAUGGUGGAUGGUAAUGAAUAUGUGGACAUUGUAGUACGAUCACAUGCAGCGUAACGAGAAAAGAACGGACCAAGGGACACACCACUAUUCAUUGCAGCUGCGCUCGCAUCAUUCUGCAGUGUCCAGACAGGAAAGCAAGCGGUUGAGAAGCACAAUCUGGAAUCCUAAGACAGCUCAUUUUGGCUGAUCCAGGCAGGGGCCCGCUUCAGGACGGCUGAGAUGCCUCAAAACAAUACCUUGAAAGGAAACCGUGCAAAUUCUGAACUCACCGUUGAAGAAUGGCUGCAGUCCAAGGCUGCAAAGGGUCCCUCUCCGGGCCUUGCUUCUCUGCAGUGGAGCUCAGGGUCCCAUGGCAGAACACUCUCCCCUGGCUCCAGAUUGGAAGUUGGGACUUCAGGUGAUCAAGCUGAGCUGUUCCAAAUAGCCAAAACCAAGCUUUACCGUCGUCGCUGGGUCAUGCUUUUUCUCUUCAGUGCAGUCUCAGCUAACAAUGCCCUCAUGUGGCUCCAGUAUGGCAUCAUUAGUAACAUUUUCAUGCGCUUCUACAACGUCGAUGCCCUGGCCAUCGACUGGUUAUCUAUGAUCUACCUGCUCACAUACGUGCCCCUUGUUCUGCCCGUCCUCUGGCUCCUGGACAAUAGGGGAAUCCGGGAUGUUGUCCUUGCCGGGUCAGCCUUUAACUGCAUCGGUACCUGGAUAAAAGUUAGCAGUGCCAGUCCGGAUAUGUUCCUCGUGACCUUCUUUGGACAGUUUGUGUGCUCAGUUGCCACAGUGUUUGUUCUUGGUAUUCCUUCUUACCUUGCCUCAGUAUGGUUCGGAGAGAACGAAGUUUCAACGGCUUGCUCCAUCGGGGUUCUGGGAAACCAGGUGUGUCUGAAGAAGUCAACUGAUCAAACAUAACCUUUCUACUUAUUUUCACAAGUUUAAGUUUGGUUUAGUUUGUGCAUUUUAGCGAGAAUAAAAUGUUUGAUUUCGAUGAUGAUUUCAGGAAGAGGAAACUGUUUGAAGUCUAACAAAUAAUUUGCUUACGCUCACACUUUUAAACAAGUUUUGGGUGAAAAAAUGUAAAAUGUACAGUUGUCUGAAAGAAUUAGGACGCUUGCAUAAACAUUUAAUUUAUUCAAACAUGUUCAUACCUAUUAUAUUAUUGUUUUCAGGAAGCUAAUUUUAGUUAAUUUAUAGUGGACACCAAAAAAGAGAACAUUUUCCUCACUAAACAAACUAUAAUAACUAAAAUAUGGAAAAGUUUAGGACACCCUGGUGUAAUUUUACCAACUUUAGCUGAAAAAAAGCCCUUAAUCUUGUUUUCUCACCUUCAACUUUGAGAUCUUUGAGUAAUUUCUGGCAAGUUACAUCACUGCAUCUCAGUGAGAUUAAGAUCUGGACUUUAGUUCUGAACAGAAGA